UCAAAUUUGAAGAAGACCUUGAGAGGAUAUGGUGUAAAUCCAUUUUCAUCGGAUCAUCCAAAAUGCUUAUCAACUGGAACAGAGGUAGAUCCUGCUGUGGUCAAGGAUAUGUUGAAUGCAUCAGAAAUAGGAAAUGAAGCUUUUUCUACUUUUGUUUCAGAAAGGCUUAUUGAAGGAUCCAAGAGUUUCUUUGCCCCGAUAAAGAGAAUAAAGUUAAACACAGGCACAUUGGCAAAGAAGAAAACCAUCAAGGCAGCAUCCGUCCUAAAAGAAGAUUGUCAAGCUUUUGGACUCCUAGUCUCUAAAGCUGUUAGUCUGGAAGAAGCAUUUUGUUUUCCAAUCACUACGUUUCCCUUGUCCAUCGCAACUCCUGAAGGCACACUGCGACAAUCAAACAAGUCCUCAUUGAGAAAUUUCCUCAUUGCACAGUCGAAGAGUCCUACAACUAACAUACCUAAAAAUGCUGCAUGGUUUAUUGAUGGGAUGGCAGCAGUGAGAUCACUCAAGUCAAGGAAGACAUACAGAGAGUGGAUGAUUGCCCUUUUGCAGUUUAUGGAGCCACCAGUAGAAUCGUUGCCGUGCUUGGUUGGGAUGAUUAACGACACAUACCGAGAGCAGAGUGCGAAACAAGGAACAAGGAGAGAUCGUGGGGAAACUGGUACGCGAACCAAAUUGGAAGGUUUUGAUCAGCAUAUGCCAAAAGGAAUCAAGUGGAACGAAUUUUUGCAGAAUCAGGGAAAUAAGGAAGAGUUGAUAAAGCUUAUUGCACAACAUAUGAUGAGUGAAGAAGCUAGAGGUACGAUAAAGCAGCCAUUCAUCGUCACAGAAGGUAACAACACGUACAGAGUGGAGAGAAAUGGAUGUGAGCUGAUUUACCGUUGUAAUCAUGAAAAAGCGGACACCCGCUUGGUUUUGCAUGCGUCAUUGGAAGUAGCAGACGUAGUUAUUGUCUCCAAAGAUACCGAUGUCCUGAUCCUUCUUAUAUGGGCAUAUUCAAAGCUUUCUGUUUGUAAAACGUGGCUUUUCAAGUACGACCAUGAUAAAUAUGCUGACAUAGGAGUAAUUUGCCAAUUUUUAGGAUAUGAUCUUUGUCAAGCACUUCCAGCAAUACAUGCAAUAUCAGGAUGUGACACCACUUCCUAUUUCUACAAGGCUGGAAAAGUUAAAAUCAUCAAAAAGUUGUUAAGUUCUCCGUCGAAAUGCCAGAUGCUAGAAUCUUUCGGUCAGGAUCAAAGACUCGAGUCUGAAAAAAUCGACAACGUAAAAGAGUUCAUCAGGACAGUUGUUUACAGUGGCAAGGUAGGCGAGUCAAAUGUAGAAACGAGAAUCCGACUAUAUGAAGAAAUGAAAUCAAAGUCUUCAUCGUCAAUUCCUCCUGAUCCAGAUUCAGUUGAGCAAGCCAUCAGACGAGCAAAUUACCAAGUGUUCCACUGGGUCCGCUGUUGUGACGUUAACAUUGAGACAGUUAGCUUUGAAAAUCACGGCUGGAAAUGGGACGAGGAAAAGCAGGUUGUAGUUCCGAUCUGGUUUAAAGGCAAGCAGUUGCCUCCUUCACUUUUAACAAGCAGAAAGAAAACAGCCAAGAAUCUCAACUAUGACAACGAUGGCGAUGCGGAGAUGAGUGAUGAUGAAAUUAAAGGCCAAAAACACACUUCAAAGAAGAGAAAACACCACCAAAGAGAUGCAUUGCCCAGUACAUAUAUCGAUUAUGAUGGGGAUAGCGAAAUGACAAGAAAAGAAAUCAUUGAUGGCUCGGACACUUCAAUAAUCGAUGAACACGAAAGUGAAUGGGAAAUUUCAGACUUUUCGUCCAGUGGGGACUCAAUGGAUGAAUGGUUGCCUUAAGUUCGUAAGCUAUGAUGUUAGCGGAUGGUAACUUAGAGAGCAGCUAAUCUCGGCAUAACUGAAACCUAACUUGUAUGUUUACAAAACAAUUUGGUUGCUAAGAAUUGUUUUAGUAGAGUGCAUACGAUGAAAAAAUGCUCUUUACAAAAUCCAGUGGCGGCCAUUUUGAUGACGUCAUAGAAAGUUCAAACAUCUAUAAUUUCGAAACAAUAAGUCAAACAAUAUAAGUGUUUUAUAAUUUUUGACUCAGUUUUGCAUGUUCUUUUGAAUGGUAUACUCAGAUUUAAAAAAUGUUGUCAUUAAUAUUUUACUGACCGGGGUGUAAUUACGUCAUCGAUCACGUGACAAAAACAAAUUUUCGAGAAUGUGCCCAAGGCUUAAAUUGACGACCAACCAUCAUAGAAGUCAUAUCCACUUCAAAAAUUUCGGUUACCCAGUUUGCUAGAUUGUUACAGUAAAUUCCCUGU